AGCAAAUUGAAUUGAUACAAUCGCAAGAUUUCAUGUGACAGAAGACAAAGAUAUUAAAUAUUCACUAAAAUGGUUAAUGUAAGACAUAUAAUCAAGAGGGAAAGGGAAGUAUUACGCGAGAAAAUAAGAGCUGCUAAGCGAAGCCGAAGAGAAGCUGAGUGUCUAGAAAAGAAUCAAGGAAAUAUUCAUUUAGAGCAAAUAGAAAAUAGAGAUUUGCGGGAGAUGGUGACAUUUCUGAAGAAUGCAAUGGAUGACAUGAGGACGGAACUGUUUGUUCUUACCGAGGCUGUGGAAUCCCAAACGGCGUAUAUAAAGCUACUCCUUAAGCGGAAUCAGAACAAGUGCGAGGAUCUGGAAUCAACAUUUCCUCUCAGAUCUGAACUGGAACUGAUGCAGAUGAACGAGGAGAAAACACCGCAAAGCGUAGAGAUUCCCGAGUUGAAUGAAGAAGAACCCGAGACGGUGAGAUUCCCGUUCCCCAUCAGAUCUGAAAAGGAUCUGAUGAGGAUUGAGGACGACAUUACACCGGCAAAUAAGGAAACAUAUGUAAAUAUUAUGAAAAGUUUGCUCAGCGAAAACGUACUAUCAAAAUCAUUAAAAAGUAUUAUGAUAGAAAAGAUAAUUUUCGAUCACAAUAUAAAUGGAGUCAGCAACAAAAAGAGUUUAAAUUCAUAUGAAUCUUUUCUUUCGGCUCUCUUAGAAGCCAUUCAACUAGUUGACUCAACACAGCCAGCGGAAAAACUCCUUCGUGGCGCCAUGGGGCGCGCAAAAAAUAAUUUUAAUAAAAAGAAAAAUCGAUAUAAGUAAAUAACAUAGAUAUAGAGAAAUAAAAAAAUAUCAACUAAUUUUAGUAAGAAUCUUAAUGAA